GUCUAAACUACAGUCGUCCUCUUCCAUCCAGAUAGUGCGUACCCAGAACGCGAGUGAUCUCAUUGGCAGUCAUGAUGGAUUAUUCUGUGUUCACGCGCUACCAACCCUCAGUGCUUCGCGCCAAAUUAUCGACAACUUUUCUCUUCAACUGUCUGAUUGUGUUUGUUGUUUUCCUCCAAACUCCUCAGUUUACUAGUUCUGAUACUGGACCAAUAGUAUUCAGUGAAGGCAACCAUAACUGGACGCAUCUACAAAGCUAUAUUGGCUACACAAAUGAUCCUUGGGGCGAGUCUGCUUCGGAAUUGAGUCAUCAUGCCAGCGCACUGUCGGAGUCGAAUAGGCAUAACGUAUCCUACAGAGGGAAGAGGAGUGUUGUGCACUUGUAUAACAUAAUCGUGUGUGCAACCGACUGCAAUCCUCUGGCCUACAAGGGAUACGGCUGCUACUGUGGAUUCCUCGGCUCUGGGUACUCCAUGGAUCCUAUAGACAGCUGCUGCAAAAUGCACGAUUGGUGCUACACAACGGCUGAUUGUCCCAUGUUCCUUGAAUACUUUGUACCUUAUGUGUGGACUUGCUACCGGCGGAGGCCGCUUUGUGCAAUAGGAGCGUCUUGCGGUCAAAGACUGUGCGAGUGUGACAGAAAACUGGCAGAGUGUCUCAGAAGAUUUCCCUGUCCAAGGAGUAAAGCUGUCUGCACGUCAUCACCAUGGAGAUUGCUGCAGAACAUACUCAUGCUAUAGCUCCCCAA